AUGUCCUCUUCGACGGGUCAAGACCAACUGACAUUGACAACGGGGUCGCUGUCGCCCGCAGCAGUCGCGGCGCUUGAGACGCUGCGUAGGCAGUACUUUGCCCUUGUGGCACCGUACAUGCUCCGCAUUCCCGGUUCUGAUGUGCUGGCGACGGCUCCUGCGCAGGAAUUCCUCGUCAACCGUCUGUUGGAAGGCCCACUGCCCCAGCCCGAGGCUGGUUAUGCACGAGGAUUCUGGCGCCGCGUGCUUCCUGUUAUUGAGGCGGGUGUGCAUGCCAUUGACGAUGACGACGAGGCGGCUGUUGACGAGAGGAUAUACGAAACGGUGGCCGGCCUCAUGGCAGCUCCCUCGACCAACGCGGAAGGUGCGCCAGCACAGUCGCACAAGACGUUCCUCUACGACCUCCCGAACAACGCGGGAGAGCGGAGCGUGACUCUACUCGAGGAACAGGUCGCUGUACAGGCCGGCACGACAGGCCUGCGUACAUGGACUGCGGCACUGCACCUCGCCCACCACUGCAUAUAUUCGCAAGACGAGUUGUUUGGCUCGGUCGAGGUGCCGCCAAUUGUGGAGAUUGGCGCCGGUACGGGGUUCCUCUCGAUCGUGCUUGCCCAGCUUGGUGCAGACGUCAUUGCGACGGACCUAGGCGGUGACGAGGAAGACGAGGAGGGAGAGGUGCGCCGUACACCUCUCGCACGGCUCAAGGCCAACAUCGAGCUCAACACCAGCGCUUCCCUCCGCCAUCCGCCCACUGCGCGGCCGCUCGACUGGAACCUCGCACGCGCACCAGUCUCGGAGCGCGGCGAGAGCUGGCUCGAGUGCGCUGCGCCCGCCCAAAGCGGAUCUCAACGGACAGUGCUCGCGGCGGACGUCAUCUAUGACCCGGAAAUUGUUCCCUUGCUGGUGGACACGAUCCACGAGCUCCUCCAGCCGUGGAAGGCGACGGGCAACGACGACUCGGCGGCGACUGCUCCCGAGCCUGUGGCGAUCAUUGCGGCUACGGUCCGCAACGAGCAGACGUUUGCCCUCUUCCUGGCGCGGUGCAAGGCCCAAAACCUUGACACGGAGCUGCUCCAGCUCGCGCCCAUGGAUCCCCAGCACCCGACGUUUUGGGAUACUGCGCUCGACGCUGGCACUCGUGUUGAGAUUGUGCGCAUCAAACGCAACGCCUAG